AUGCUCACACCCACUACACCACCGUCCCUUACACAACCCCUAUCACACAACUACCUGUCAGAACCAUCCAUUCCGCACUCAACGUCCUACACAAUGCAAACCACCCCUGAACCCCCCGUCAACGCCUGGGACUUCAAAGGAUGUGGCAAGACAAGUAUUUCAGAUAACCAGUCAUGUCCAGACUGUGGAUUGACUCCGUAA